GCGCUCUGGACCGAGCGGGCCUUCCAAGUGGGGCCGCAGAGCGUGACAUCAUCCCACGCGAACAUCGGGGUUUUCUCGUGAAGAAGGAGCUAAGCAGCUCUGGUAAGGUGAGGUGAGGCAGGAAGGGCUAAGGUAGCUUGCCUUGAUUCUCUUCCAUUGCCUUCCAUCCAGCUGUUCCCAACGUCCCGUCUACAAACUCAAUCCCACCGUCGCUUGCCAAAGCAACAUGUGAGUCUGCAACCACAUCCAUCCAAUGUUACCUACCAGAGCGCUGCUUCGCUCCGGCACGAGGCCUGCGCCUCGGCUGCAGAUGAGAUGGGGCCCGCCCCGGCCAUUUACUCAACCCCAGCGACAUGGAGCUAUCGUGCGCGCCGCGUCCAAAGUAUGGGAGAGCACCGUCACCGGCGAAGAGAAAUCUGGGCACAUCGCUACUUCGGAGAGCGAAUCAAUUCUCUUCUUUGACAGUAAGAUACCUGAUCACCCCUUCCCUCGGCAGGGUUGUUCCUGCGUCUUACCCAGGACCUCACGUCCUGGGUUUGGUCCAUAUCCUCUCCUCAUUUAUCCUCCAGGCAUCGAGUAUCAUAUCGAUGCCCUUUACUGUCUCCAUUUUCCUCGUCAACCACUUCCCCUGCCCUAUUCGCACUCACGAUCUUGUCCACAACAUCCCACCACCCUUGUGCUCCUUAUCCAAUACCUCUUUCCUCUCAAGCUCACCUACCUACUCCGGCGAUCAUGGCAGUCAGACCGUGACCUGACCGACCUUCUUAAGCGCUUCGAUAGCUCUGGCGGAGGCCUUGGCACCGACCCAAUCAACCUGGUCAAACGAGCGAUCCCCAGCGACCUCCCAAUCAAAGUCACAGAGAUCCUACCACGACUCAAGGACGGAGGAGCUUUUGUAAAAUUCAGCCAUGGCUCCGACGUUGUACCGAGAGAUAUCGAGACAUCCCUCGCACGCUCGCUCGAAAAGCAUCCCCUUAGACCAUGGUUUAACCCUUUUCGUGGGGUUCAGGCAGGACUCGUCAAGGGAGUUCCAUGGCUAGAAGACCUCUAUCGGUUUCCUAAAAGCCGCGUCAAGGUCGAAUUCACAGGAAAAGAUGCUGGCGGCGAGGCCGUCGAACUCUCACAGGAGACUCUCUACAGUCUGUUCCGCAGAUACGGAAAAAUUGCCGAGAUAACAUCACAACCCUCCGACUCGAAGAUCCUCCCAAAGUACGCAUACAUCGACUUUGCGCGCGUUCGCGAUGCCAUCAUGGCGAGAAAUUGUCUCCAUGGAUUCCUUGUCGACGAGGGUCUCGGUGGCGGAAAGAUCGGUACAAGGCUUCGCCUUUCUUAUGAGCAAAAGGUCAAACCGCACAACAUCUGGAACUGGCUCACUAGCCAUCCCAGGGUGGUAAUUCCUGUCGUUGCCGCCCUUCUCGCUGCCAUCACAGUGGCUAUCUUCGACCCCAUACGUGAAUUCUUCGUCAAGGCACACAUCCAACACUCUUUCCGGUUGACCAACAACAAAUUCUACCGAUGGAUCAAGAGCCAGACUUCCGACAUUUUCUCCUCAUUUGGACACAAGAAGGCCGACAAGGCCGGGUUCAGUGCAGUUUGGCAGCAUCGCCGAGACCUCAUUGAACAGAUUCAGACCUGGCUCCUCGAGAGCUCCGACACCUUUAUCGUUGUUCAAGGUCCCCGAGGUUCCGGCAAAAAGGAGCUCGUUCUGGACCAGUCACUCAAGGGUAGGAAAAAUGUUUUGGUCAUCGAUUGCAAGCCAGUUAUCGAGGCAAGGGGCGAAAGUGGGACUAUCAAACACCUGGCCGCCGCUGUGGGCUACAAACCGAUCUUCGCUUUCUUGAACAGCAUGAGCAGCAUGAUCGACUUGGCAGUUCAGAGCACAACUGGAGUCAAGGCUGGCUUUUCCGAGACACUGGAGUCGCAGGUAGUCAAAAUCCUUCACACAACGGCCGAGGCCCUGAAGGAGGUCUCACUCGCCGGACGCGACAAGGAUGGUAAGGACGGGGACCUUUCAGAUGACGCCUACCUGGAGGCUCGUCCGGAUAAGCGGGCCGUUGUGGUCAUUGACAAUUUCUUGCACAAGAACGAAGGCUCGGCCCUAGUCUACGACAAGGUUGCGGAAUGGGCUGCGGCCAUGGUUCAGAACAACGUCGCCCACGUUAUCUUCUUGACGGACGACACCUCUUACUCAAAGUCACUGUCAAAGGCAAUGCCGGACCGCGUUUUCCGACAAGCUGCUUUGGGUGAUCUCUCCCUCGAUGUUGCCAAGAAAUUCAUCAUCAGCCGUCUGGAAGAGGACGAAAUCGAAAAGGUCCGAGAGCAGUCCAAGGAUGCAGAGGAGAAGAAGGACAAAACUGAGCAACACCAAAAACCCGAUCUAUCAGAGCUGGACUCGGCAAUUGGAAUCCUUGGCGGCCGUCUCACAGAUCUCGAAUACCUUGCAAGACGCUUGAAGGGCGGCCAGAGCCCACAGCGGGCCAUUGAGGAUAUCAUCAACCAGAGCGCCACUGAAAUCGUCAAGAUGUAUCUUUUGGGCGGUAGGGAUACUGUGGAGGGAAAGAAAUGGUCCACCGAGCAGGCAUGGUACUUAAUCAAGGCUCUUGCCUCUCACGAUGCUCUUCGAUAUAACGAGGUUCUUCUGUCCGAUACAUUCGCCUCUUCCACCACCCCCGGCGCUGCGAACGGCGAGUCGGCCUUGGAAGGGCUCACCAACGCGGAGCUCGUUACGGUGGAGACCUACAACGGCCGGCCGCAAACGAUUCGCCCCGGAAAGCCGAUGUAUCAAGCAGCAUUCAGUCUUUUGCUCGACGACCGUGUUCUUAGGGCCAAGAUGGACCUGGCUCUUCUGAAAGAGCUGACCAAAGUUGAGGCCAAGGUCAUCGAGAAGGCCGAAGGGGAGCUGGCUCUGCUGGGUAGCCUGCCAAAGCAGCCUGCUCAGACAGGGUCUCGAGUGUCGUACCUGCUCGAAAAGCUCGAGGGAAGCCAAGUCAAGAUCACAAAGUAUGAGAAGGAAAUCGCAGCGCUCAAGACAGUUCUCAAGCACAACUACUGAGGCCUUUCUUGUUUGGGAGCUCAUGCUCUGUAUCAAAACUUGGCAGAGAAUGACCGAAGGCGAUAUACGGUGGUCGAUACCCUUCUCAAUAUUAUAAUUAUAACAAGUCACCCAACAUCAAUCAAGCCCAAGCCUGUCAAAACCUCACCCGUCCUUAUUGAUAACGCCGUUCUGGCAUCGUCGUCAGCAUACCUACCAUACCACCCGAGUCUAGCUACCCAAGGUAGGCGGGAGACGUUGUGGGCGAAUGUGUCAUAAGUAUGAAAA